AGCAGGGGCCUCGGCUCCGCAGCUGCCACUCCUCCUUGGGGUGUUGCACAAGUUUCGAGGUCACCGGCGACCCCCCCUAGCAGCGCGGGCCCCCCCGUGAAGGAGGACGGGGUUUGCGUGUUGCAUACUUCCAAGGAGGAGGAGACGGUGGCAGCAGCAGCAACUCCAUCCCACUCACCCACCCACUAGCUCAUCCUUCUCGGCAUGGCGGGCUACCUGAGUGAAUCGGACUUUGUGAUGGUGGAGGAGGACUUCAGCACCGGAGACCUGCUGGAGGAGCUCUCUCUGGGGGCCUCACAGGCUACUACGGACAAGGUAGCUGCCUUCUUUGUGGCUGACCUGGGAGUCGUAGUGAAGAAACACUUCGGCUUUCUCAAGUGCCUGCCACGUGUCCAGCCCUUUUAUGCUGUCAAGUGCAACAACAGCCCAGGCGUGCUGAAGGUUCUGGCAGAGCUGGGGCUGGGCUUCAGUUGUGCCAACCAGGCAGAGAUGGAGUUGGUCCAGCGCAUGGGCAUCCCCACCAGUAAGAUCAUCUACGCCAACCCCUGUAAGCAAAUCGCACAGAUCAAGUACGCUGCAAAGCAUGGGGUCCAGCUGCUGAACUUCGACAAUGCUCUGGAACUGGCAAAGGUGGUAAAGAGCCAUCCCAGUGCCAAGCUGGUGCUGAGUAUCGCCACCACUGACUCCCACUCCCUGAGCCGCCUGAGCCUCAAGUUUGGUGCGUCCCUGAAAUCCUGCAGACUCCUACUUGAGAAUGCCAAGAAGAGCCAUGUGGAGGUGGUGGGUGUGAGUUUCCACGUUGGAAGUGACUGCCCCGACCCCCAGGCCUACGCCCAGUCCAUCGCAGAUGCCCGGCUUGUGUUUGAAAUGGGCACCGAGCUGGGCCACAGGAUGCACAUCCUGGAUCUUGGUGGCGGCUUCCCUGGAGUGGAGGGCCCUAAAAUGAGAUUCGAAGAGAUUGCUUCUGUGAUCAGCUCAGCCUUGGACUUGUACUUCCCAGAGGGCUGUGGUGUGGACAUCCUUGCCAAGCUGGGGCGGUACUAUGUGACCUCUGCCUUUACCUUGGCCGUCAGCAUCAUGGCUGGGAAGGAAGUUCUUCUGGACCAACUUGGCCGGGAGGAGGAAACCGGCUCCACCCUCAAGACCAUGGUGUACUAUCUCCCUGAGGGCAUUUACGGAAGCUUCAACUCAGUCCUGUUUGACAACAUCUGUCCUAGCCCAAUCCUGCAGAAGAAACCAUCCAUGGAGCAGCCCCUGUUCAGCAGCAGCCUGUGGGGCCCCGUGGUCGAUGGCUGUGACUGCAUAGCUGAGGGCCUUUGGCUGCCACAACUACACGUAGGGGACUGGCUGGUCUUUGAGAACAUGGGCGCUUACACCCUGGGCAUGGGCUCCUCCUUUGGGAGAACUCAGCCCUGCCGCAUCACCUGUGCAAUGUCCCGGGUGACUUGGGAAGCGCUACAAGGGCGUCUGCUGCUGGCAGAACAGGAUGAGGGAGCUGAAGGCGUAUGCAAGCCUCUGUCCUGUGGCUGGGAGAUCACUGACACUUUGUGUGUGGGCCCUGUCUUCACCCCAGCAAGCAUUAUGUGAGCGUUCUCCGUUCCCCCCAGAAACCCAGCGGGGCCGCUCAGCUGCUUCUGGGAGAGGUGGGGCAGGUGGCAAGUAGGGCACUCUCUGGCCAGUACUCUGGUGCCCACUCAGCCGCCCCUGCACUCUGCCUGUAGUGUUUCUGCCCUGUAAAUAGGACCAGUCUCACACUCACUGUAGUUCAAGUAUGCAACAUAAAUCCUGUCCCUUCCAUUUUGUGUCUGCCUCCUCUGCAGCGAAAGCAACCUGGUCAGCCAGGUGUAGGGGGUGUUCUUGGGGAUUUCUUGGUUCUCCUUCCUACCUUUGUAAAUAUGAAGCAAAUAAAUAUUUAGGUUUUUUUUU